GCGCAUGCGCGGUGGGCCUGUCAUGGCUCCGCAGCAACAGGUUGCCCAGGAUAUCGCUGUAGCCGCCGUCACCGCCGCUGCUGCCCGCCCGCCCGCCCGCUAGGGCCCAGCACAGCCCAGGCCUCGCCUCGCCACCACACCACAGCCUAGUCUAGGCCAGGCCUCGCCUCCCGCUGCCAGCCGCGCCGCGCUGGACCAGGACCAGGGCCGGGGCGAGGAGCGGCGCCGGUGCGGACUGUGGACAUGGUGCGGGGCGGCGCGGCGCGGCGGGGAGGUCGGCCUACUGCAGGAAUCUUGAUGAAGGUUUACGACAUUGACCUCAUGCAUCUAUAGUGCUGGCGUGACUCACUAGCAUGUUCCAUCACCACUGUAGAAGAAAUCCAGAACUGCAGCAAGAACUGCAAAUCCAAAAUGCUGUGGCAGCUGGCGAUGUUCAUAUAGUGCGCAAGAUGUUGGAGCAAGGCUAUUCUCCUAAUGGUCGAGAUGCUAACGGAUGGACACUACUGCACUUCUCUGCAGCCAGAGGCAAGGAACGUUGUGUUCGAGUCUUCUUAGAGCACGGAGCUGACCCCACUGUUAAAGAUCUAAUUGGAGGCUUCACUGCUCUGCAUUAUGCAGCCAUGCAUGGUCGAGCAAGGAUAGCACGCUUGAUGUUGGAAUCGGAACACAGACCUGAUAUAAUUAAUGCUAAAAGCAAUGAUGGGUGGACCCCUCUCCAUGUGGCUGCCCAUUAUGGCAGAGACUCGUUCGUCAAACUUUUGCUGGAGUUUAAAGCUGAAGUUGACCCUCUCAGCGACAAAGGCACUACCCCACUUCAGCUGGCCAUUAUCAGAGAACGUUCAAGCUGUGUCAAGAUUCUUUUGGACCACAAUGCCAAUAUUGAUAUUCAGAAUGGUUUCCUCUUGCGAUAUGCGGUGAUCAAAAGCAACCACUCUUACUGUCGAAUGUUCCUUCAAAGAGGGGCCGACACAAAUCUCGGGCGGUUGGAGGACGGACAAACCCCGUUACAUUUAUCUGCGCUGAAAGAUGAUGUGCUUUGUGCAAGGAUGUUACAUAACUAUGGUGCAGAUUGUAAUACCAGGAACUAUGAGGGACAGACCCCUCUAACUGUCUCUGUAAGUCUAUCUGGAACUAGCAGACCCUGCCUGGAUUUCUUGCAGGAAGUUACAAGACAGCCUAGAAAUUUACAGGAUCUGUGCCGAAUUAAAAUCCGACAAUGUAUAGGCUUGCAGAAUUUGAAAGGACUGGAGGCACUCCCUCUUGCAAAAGUCAUGAAAGACUAUUUGAAGCACAAGUUUGAUGACAUCUGAAUGUAAAAAGUUGAAGUCUUGAGAGAUUGUAGUAGGCAUGGCCUUGCCCCAAGUACAUUCUAUGCAAUUCCCAAUUUGAUGACAUUUAAAGUCAAUGCGGGCGUCCGUACCUCUCUCAACUUGUCAUAAUAGAUCCACUCCAGGAGAACCUCUGAUCACUUCUAAACAAAAGUUCUAAACUAACAUACUUAACUGUUUAAGUUGGCUAUGUUCAUUAUUUCCUCACUCCCAAUUUAACCUUUUCAACAAAUGCUUAUUAUUUUAAUGCUGAGAUGAUAGAAUUUACUCAACUGGAACAGGUGACAUUUGAAUGAUAGAGGUCAUGAAAUUAAAAAAAUAAGUUUUGCUAAAUUUUUGGUGCACCUGCAAGUUUCUAUCAUAUUGAUCUAAAUCAAAUUUGAGAUCUAAAGCAGAGGUGGAAUAAAGGUCAUUCAGCAUCUGCAUUAAAAAUGUACAUGACAUUUGUUGAGAAAAAGAUAAAAUUGAGAGGGAAAUCAACAAACUUGAGGAAAUAGUGCAUUGAAUGAUGCAUCAGAUCAUUUCUCAUUCAAAAAAAAACUUGAAGGCUGCAUCAAUAACUGAGGCAGUUGGGAAGCUAAGGAAAAAGUUAUGAAAGGUAUCACUUGACCAAGAUAAUCUGCUUCAUCAUCCAACCAUAUUAUUCUCUUUGCCCUUCCCUUCUAUCCUCAACCCUACCUUUAGUAUUGAAAUGUUUUAUUCCAUUCAUUUGUUUUCUGUUCUUUAAAAAUGGAGCUCAAAUUGUUGCAGUGCGCUUUCCACAGAUGCACACUGCCAUGGUAUGUCUUCUGUUACUAUAACAGAUUAUUGUUUUGACAUAAGCAAAAAAAUUAAAGGUGCCAUUGCAAUUUGAAGUUUUAUUGCAAUACUUUCCAUACCUUUUUUCUUUUAGACUGAUCCCAAAACUGCUUAUGUUCUUCACUUCUCUGUUAUAAAGUGUGUGCUUUAGCAUUACUGGUCACGUGCUGGAAUACGGUAGAAUAUUGAGGGAUGACACGUGAGUGUAUCAUAACCAGAUUCUCAUAUAAUAAAUAUGUCUUCACUCAGUGUUGUUCUGUCCUUAGUGCCCUCUCAUCAGUUUGUGCUGUUAUCUAGUCUACCUGUAUCUUUACCCUCAAGUCACGAUGCACUGGAAUUGGCUCCUCCACUUAUGUCCAUGACGGGGACUCAUUAACUUGACCUACAUUGUAGGGUCGCCUUUUCCAUCAUUUAUCAUAUUUAAUUUUACUCUGAUAUGAUGUAAGCAUCCAGUUCAUUCUUUUAGUUUCCCAAGCAUAUGGCCACCUGGGGUUGUUUCAGCACUAAAGACAGAGGUGUCAGUGGAUAGUAUCACCUGUGUGUCUGCCCAGUCAUAUUUGUACCUACAAGGGAUGUUUCAGAAAAAUAAAUCCUUAAAUCAUACAACUUGUUAAUGCAUGUUGUCCAGUCUAAAAUUAGAUGUUACCAUAUUUUUCACGUCAAAUUCUCAGCAGAACAAGUGUGAGUGUUUCUCAUUUAAAAUUCUGAACAGAGCCUGGAUAUUGGAUUUCUAACUAAAUUAAAUUAUAAACUGUUGUAAAGAAUUAUAAUUUAAUAUUUGAUUGCUUUUAAAUGAAACACUUUUAAAUGUACACCCUGCUUAUAGUUUGUCUUGUCGUUUUUAUAGAGGGGAAUAAUGUUCUUCAUGUUAACAUGAAUGAUGUCCCUGGGUAGCAGGGAAUGGCUCAGACUGGUGUUGAAUGUUCAGCACUUCAAUGGUAAAUGGUUGGGAAUCCAAGCCUUACGAGACGAUUGAUGGGCCCUGAUCUAUUCUUUGCCCUAUUUCUCCUUUGCCUCUACACACACUAAUGAGCAGGAACAUUGGGGCUUGUAAACACAGAGAAAAUAAGACCAAGGUUUUCUCCCUGCGUGCCAGAAUAUUGAAAACAAUGAUGCUAGUACUACAGCUGGCACUGAGCAAAUGGCCCUGUUUGUUGUUGACUUGUUGCGUUGUUCCCAUCUAUAGGAAAGUUGUUCACUUGUGAAGUAAGGAGUUUUACCUGGUGAGGGAACUGGACUGUUUCUCAGCAAAGGUCUUAGGAACAGAAGUCACUGAUGCACCACUUCCCUCCUUGAUCUUUCCUCAAUGUACCCCCAGCCUAAGUAAAGUAAAUAGACAAUAAGCAGUGGGAUCCACUCAGUUUCCACACUCGGUAAAAUCGCUAGGAAUCAAAAGGAAAGGUAAGAAUAUGCUUUAGCCACCGAGACACGAGAGAUUCAUUCUAGUUUUUGUUUGCAGGUUUUGUGGUUUGAGUCUAUUUUAUAGCAGGUGGGGAUGUUAGUUCAACUAGGAGUGUUCAAAGUUACUACCAUCAGUAUGCUCCCUUUCUGACUUGGGUGGAAACAGGACUAGAGGCAGUGGCUGCAUGUUUGCAUGUCCCAUACUGUAACAUUCUUAUUUACAAAUGUAAAUAAGUUUCAAAGACCCAUGCUUGUUUUCACAUCAGUGGCAAUGUAACGUGUUCCACUAAAGAAGUUAGUGACUGAUUGAUUCAGUUGAGUAUGAUGCCUUUGCAAAACGCAAGAAGUAAAACUAUAAUUAAGUGUCUACAUGUUGGAACACUGGCACUGAUGUUGUACGAAACACUGGUGUUUACUUUGCAAAUAUGAAAUGCCUUAUACAGUGCAACUAACACUGGUCUAACACUGGAUUGCUCUCACUGCAAUGACAUAUCAAAUUAAAGAAAUAACGAGGAGAAUGUCGGAGCUUCAGCAUUCUAGAAAUCAUCAUUUUUAAUUUUCUCACCUUAAAGAAAUAAAUUUAUAAUAAUUGAAGCUUGAGCUGUUUCUGGCUUUUUUUCAGGUAACACUGUAUUUGAUAGGAAUACAGGACUCAGGAGCAUUUAACUGCAUAUAAUCCUCUUAUGAGUUUUGGUGGUGGCUCAUCUAUAUUUUGCCUUGACCCCUUGACCCCUUGGCACUAAAACGUUUUUCUUCUUCCGCUAGCAGUUUGUUCACUGCUGAUCCUAAAUGUUAUAAUGGUGGGCUGUGAAACUAGUGAUGUACAGGGUUUAUAUGAUCCCAAGAAGUAUGAUGUAGUGAGAGUUUAUUGAGAUGUCAAGGUAUAUUGGGGAACUACUGUCUUGAAAACUCAAACUAUUUUGCUUUAACUGUAACAAUCAAAAGGAGAUUCAGUAAGAGGCCUUUGGAAUAUUUAAAAAAACGAAUUGGGGAGAAACAGCUUUGAUGACCAAAUGUUAUUCUGCAUCAUUUCUAGACUUGAUGGGUUGGGAUCCAAUCCUUCAGUAAAUACAGAAAUGUAUGAACAAUUUGUUUGUGGACAAAUGCUAUGAUGCAUAGGGUCAUAGAUUUUUUUUUAAUGUUUUUUUUGUACGUUUUCUUCUUAACUUGAAAUACCAAAGAGAAACAAAUCUUCAAGAAUUCAUUGGAUGAAUUUUUUUGUACAGUUUUAUAACUGGUAAUGUACCAACGGAACUAUUUAAUGUUUGAAGAAAUGGACCACUAAUUUUUGUAAAUGUUUUGUGUUCUAAAUGUAAAAAGAUUAAUACAUUUUUGGAGUAUUUAAAGGACGCAAUUCAAUAAAAUAUUUAAGUGUUAUGUUA